UUGUUGUUAGUUGAUGAUAGAAUGACGCAGCUUGACACGUGUGAUGCUAACAGUAGCCGAGUUCUCAGCUGGCACCAGUUCACCACCAUGCUCAGUGAGGAUAACGGUAUAAACUGUGAAGAAGAUUGGUACGAGCAGACUAACAGCUGGGUAGAGGAAACACACGAGUCCGACACAGAGGAUCCUUUCCUGCUAGACGACAAAUCCAGCUUCCUCAAAGCAAAUGAAUUGCAGGAGACCACCCUGUCGGAGCUGAUGAAUGAGGACAUUUCCAGCAUCAACAUCGCCAGAUUACUCAGCAACGACGAUAUUGAUGAGCUCAAAAUCCCCCUAAGGCAGAAAUAUGCGAUGACGCAGGCAGUCCAUCACCUCAACACCUCACCUACCAACGCGAACGGACUCGAUGAAAUCAAAAACAGAUUCAACAAACAGAAAACCUACUCCGUUAUUGAACGUAUAUCCGAGAAAACAAACACAAAGCUCAGUAAAUCUCGAUCAGAACGAAUAACGAAAGUGGAGAAGAUGAACAUUUGGAAGAGAUGGAAGAAACCGUCAGGGUCAAACACAAACUUCAAUGAACUUCACGAAGGUCCUGUUCAGGAGGGUGAUUCAGGAUGAAAUAUUCCACCAUGCAAAAGCUCCCGCAGCUGACUGAGAUUGUUAAUGGUCUAUACAUGAAUCUAAAUGUAACUGUCGAUUCUCAGACUAAAUUCUUCAAGGAGCUAGAUUAUCGGGUGAUAUUAUUUGAAUUUCAAUGAGAAAUUGUUCAUAAAUAAAUACAAUCGCCUAGCCUGUGAAUUCUGCUAUUUGUAAACAUAUGUGUUUACGUUUCUUCAUUAAUGAUAAAGUUGUGCUGACAUAUCAUCAGACCUAUAAAGAUGUUUCAAAUGCUGUUAAUGGUGUUUUAAGUGGCGUUGUUUGUAUUGUAUUUUAUUUAAAAUAAAUUGCGAUGUGUUUGAAGAAUAAAGAUGUAUAAGUUGUGCCAAUAUUUUACCGAAAUUUGUUUGUUUCUAUCG